GUAUAUUUAUCAGACAGGCAGAGAGAGUGGUCAGAGGUCGCAGAGAGUUUUCUUCCUCAUUAAACACCUUUUAAAAACAAAAUGGGUGUAUUGGAAGACUUUAUAGGGAAGGCCUUCUAUUAUACUGUUGAUGCUCCUGUGACGUUUGUACGAGACUUUGUCGAUGGCCAACGCAAAAGAAGUCCAUACUACUAUUACCACCAGAGAUUUCCUCGUGUUACCUCCAUAGAAGACUGUGCUAUUGAUGACUAUGUUUGCAUGUAUGAGGCCAAUAUGCAAUACAAAAGAGACAGGUUGGUUGAUAUGGAGAUAUUAAAGUUUCUUCAGAAGGCGCUUGCUGACUGUAAUCUGAUGGAAGGACCUAAUGCCAAACAGGCAUGCAAGGCACAGCUUGCCGAGUAUGAAGAAGCUGCUGAUGGCUAUGAAGCAAAAUAUGGUGAGCUUGGAGGUUUGGGCAAUGCUGUUAAGUGCAUGAUGAAACAGAAGGCCAGAUUAAUGGAAGAGAGAAGGAAAGCCAGAGAACAAGGAAAGGCGUAGAUUAUUUUCUUGUUUUAAACUUUUGCAGCAUUGCAAGUGGUAUGAACAUGGCACUACCAGUGAUUUACAUUGAAUCGACCAUUGAUUCAGCAUGUGAAAAAUACAGAGUGGUGCAAAAAAAGUUAAUCCAAAGCCUUACAUUAUUGACUUGGGUGAACUACAUGUACCAUACAUCUGAGUUUAAUAGGUCUAUGACACUGCCACUGGUCAGAGGAAAUAAAUAUCACAUAGAGAUGGCAUUAGGCAUAUUAUUUUCAUUUCAAGACACACACAAAAGAAUGUUUAUUUUUAUUUAUUUGAUGAAUACCAUCCAUUUCUUGAUUAUGACACCAUAUUUAUAAAACUGUGACCUCAUCUCUGCAGUUUGACCCCACAAAGUACAUGAAUUAAAGUGGACUUCUGGGUAUUGACUUAUGCAAACAAAGUUCUUGAUGAAAGAUUGAUGAUGAAAUAAAUUUGCACAACAGUACCAGCAGAAAAAAGUGAUUGUGUACUCCUAACUGUACUCUUUGCUAUAAAUCUGGAUUCUGUUUCCUUUAUCAAGCAGUAUUUGUGAUACAUGGAUGAAUUUGUGAUUUCUAGUUUGUUUUUUGUUUGUGUUAAAUAUUAUGAAAAUUUGUAGUAAAUGAACAGAUUCAUUACCGGGUAAUCAAAAUGUAUAAUUAUAUUGCUUUUUUAUUCUUUGGUGUUUUUCUGAGGUCCCAUGCAGUUGGAUCUUUAUUUGAUCAACUGAGAUUGCUGGGAAGUAUGCAUCUGGAAUGAAAGAUGGAUUAAAAUCUGUUUUGCUUAAUUGGGAAAAGAUAACAGAUUUAAUUUUGUGUGAAAUAGCCAGACAAAAUAAUGUAAUGUGCUGAAUCAUUUUGGUCAACUGAUCUAUAUGAAUAAUCAUUCAUACCACUCAUAAUGCUUAUAUGUUAUUUGUGUGUAGAGCAAUUUAUCGUCAAUAAAAAAAAACAUUGACUGAAACCUUCCUCACAAGAAUCAGAUUUGACCACCUUCCCUCAACUUCUAUGAGCUGUAGCAUUGUUUUAGUCAUAGGCAAUGGGUAACUAGUCAUAGCUGUCCAUCUUCAAAUGGGAUUCUACGAUUAAAGUACAAGUGAUUAAACAGAAAUGAAAUUCCCUCAAUCAAGGAUUGAGGAUUGUUUGUCAAUGUUUUUUUUUUCUUUUUCACCCUUAUGUGAGAAGGGUUUGACACUGUAUUAUAUGAAACAAACCAGUGAAAGUUUGUUGAGAUUAUUAAAAUCUGUAAAAAUCA